GUUCUCAUGCUCUUCCAUUGCGAGGUCCUACGAAUCGCCCCAUCCACCGCUAAUCUCGCCAGCAAGGAGAAACCCUAAAGAUUGCAUACCAAAGGUGUCGUUUUUUUUUCCUAUUUCAAGGGUGCUUCCAGCGCUUCCGGAUCUCCGGGCCACCCGAUUUGUCUCAUCUACUGCUUUGGGUUGCCUCCUCCCCCUAAUCUUCAACUCCGUGGGCUCCUUCGCCUUCCCUAGUUUUCCUUGAUUCGAGGCAUAUUUCUUUUUUCUUUUUAUCUCCGACGGCCUCGCUAAUGCUGUAGGACCCGGCGGCUAUGGGCUGCGUUGCGUCGAAGAAUGCGGUCUCGGCUACGCCGGUCGCUGAUUCCUCCGGCAUUCUAAAGAACCACCGAAAGCGGGCGGGGCCGAUCGCAGCGUCCUUACGGCGGCACCGGACAGGAGAGGGAGCAGAGAACGGCCAGCCGGAGAGGGAGGAAGAAAAGAGUCGCCUUGAAUCUGGGGAAAAUGGGAAGGUGAGCUCGGAUAAUACUAACUUACAGAGCCUACGGUUGCGGAACCUUCACAAAUACAUAGAAGGGGAGCAGGUCGCCGCAGGGUGGCCCUCUUGGCUCAGUGCCGUGGCUGGGGAAGCUAUUCAGGGUUGGGUGCCUCUUAAAGCUGACUCCUUUGAGAAACUGGAGAAGGUUGGACAAGGUACUUAUAGCAGUGUGUUCAGAGCGCGUGAUCUUGACACUGGAAAGAUGGUUGCGUUGAAGAAGGUGCGCUUUGACAAUUUUGAACCGGAGAGUGUUAGGUUUAUGGCCAGAGAGAUAAAGAUACUGCGCACGCUUGACCAUCCAAAUAUUAUGAAGUUGGAAGGGUUGAUUGCUUCUCGAUUAUCAUGCAGCCUUUAUCUUGUAUUUGAAUAUAUGGAGCAUGAUCUCGCGGGACUUUCCACUUCGCCUGAUAUCGUACUCUCUGAAUCACAGGUUAAGUGUUACAUGUAUCAGUUGCUAUCUGCACUUGAGCAUUGCCACUCGCAUGGUGUUAUACACCGGGACAUAAAAGGAGCAAAUCUUCUGGUUGAUAAUAAUGGAAUUCUGAAAAUGGCUGAUUUUGGCCUUGCAAAUUUCUGUCGUCCAGGGCAUAAGUAUCCACUAACCAGCCGCGUCGUGACUCUAUGGUAUAGGCCGCCUGAACUACUGUUGGGUUCGACUGACUAUGAAGCCACUGUAGACUUGUGGAGUGUUGGUUGUGUCUUUGCAGAAAUGUUUGUGGGAAAACCUAUUUUGCAAGGCAGAACUGAGGUUGAACAAUUACAUAAAAUAUUCAGGCUAUGCGGUUCACCACCAGAAGAAUAUUGGAAGAAGUCCAAGUUGCCUCAUGCUACAAUUUUCAAACCACAUCGUCCCUAUCAAAGUAGCCUCUAUGGGACAUUCCAAAAUCUACCAAGAACUGCUGUUAGUUUGUUAGAGACUUUUCUAUCUGUUGAACCUUAUAAGCGUGGUAGUGCGUCAAGUGCCCUUGGAUCCGAGUAUUUUAGAACAAUGCCUCUUGCUUGUGAACCCUCAAGUUUGCCAAAGUACUCACCCACUAAAGAGAUAGAUAUAAAGAAUCGAGAAGAAUCACGCAGAAGAAGAGUUGCUGGAAGACAAGAAGCCACGAGAAGACCAUUAAAAGCAGAUAGAACUUUGCGACAAUCAGGUGGCCUCAACAAAUUAGCAGAUAGCAAAACGGAUAAACAGCAAAAUGCUGAAGCCACUGAACGCAAUGAACAAAAAGAUCCCCCAAGAGUAGAUGGUGAAAGCAGACUGUUUGUAGAUCUGCAGUCAAUGCCAUCAAUUAAAAAACCAGAUGAAGGUCGUCACAUGAAGCACAACUCUGAGCAGGAUAUUGUCUUUUCAGGACCAUUACAAGUUUCUGCUUCCAAUGGUUUUUCAUGGGCAAGGAGGCAGAGAGAAGAUGAUGCACAUAAAAAAUCUCACAGUAGACGCAAUUCAAAAAGAAAUUUGUCUACUGCAAGAGAUCCAUCCGGUAUUGAAAAUGUCAAAAGUAAGAUAGAGUGCAAGGGUCUGCAAAAUGGUGAUCUUCAUCAUGCUGGUUUCAAACACCAUGAGUCACAGGAGUUGGUUAAAGUUGCAAUGCUGAAAAGGUGGGCGCAACUAGAACAUCCAGGAUCAUUUGAUGCAUCUGAAGCAUUCCCUUCUCAGGACUUCUCUGAAGCCUGCUACAAUGGAGAUCCAUCUUCACUGCGACAUAAUUUUUUGGGUUUCCACAACCAAGACAGAGUUGAGUUUUCAGGGCCUUUGCUGUCUCAGGCUCACAAGGUCGAUGAACUCCUGCAGAAGCACGAACGACAGAUUCGGCAAGCAGUUAGAAGAUCAUGGUUCCAAAGAGUGACAGGGAGAAGAAUGAGGAAGUAAACGUUUGUUUGUCAGGAUGAGAAGCAUACAGAAGUAAAAAACAGUUGAUCAACAGAGUUUCCCAAGGUGAAAGGAACCGCUAAUCCAGCAAUGGCAUCUGAAUUAACUGAUUAGCUGCUAUAGAUGUUUAUAAUUGUUUCUACAAGUCUACUACUUCCUGUAUAUAACAUUGUCAGGAGAAGAUGCAUUUAUAGCGGUGUCUAAUUCAUUCAUCUAUUUCUGGUGGCGAUCAAAGAUCUAAGCUCUUCGUUGAAGAAGUUCAAAAGGUGACAUCAAAUAAAUUCCUAACAAUUUAGUUUGGGUACGCUGCAAAAGCCUUGAAUUGGAGCUAUUCCCUUGUAAAGAUGUAGAGCCAUGAAUCCCUUGUAAACACAUUAUUUUGCAUGCAUUUUCUGAUGUAAAAGAUACAUGUAUGCCGAAAUCCAAUAGUAACAUAAAACAUUCUUUUCAUAUCA